UACACCUCUCGGUGAGUAUACAAACUGGGCAAGCGGAGAACCUUCCCAAAGAGGCAGUUUCAAAGUGGUUUAUCGUGACCGCAGCCAAGAUUAUAAGCAACACCAAAACAACGACUGUUCUUUCGCUUGCCAGUAUAAACCAGAGGAUGAGAGCAAUAACGAUGAACAAGAAGAUCAGACAACACAGCCACCUACCAUGGGUGAUGAAUAAGAUCCAACUACACAGCCAUCUCCUCAGGAUGAUGAGCAAGAAGAUCAGACAACACAGCCACCUACCAUGGAUAAUGAACAAUAUCAAACUACCCAGCCAUCUCCUCAGGAUGAUGAGCAAGAAGAUCAGACUACACAGCAACUACCUCAGGAUGAUGAACAAGAUCAAACUACACAGCGAACUCCCCAGAAUGAUGAGCAAGAAGAUCAGACUACACAGCAACUACCUCAGGAUGAUGAACAAGAUCCAACUACACAGCGAACUCCCCAGAAUGAUGAGCAAGAAGGUCAGACUACACAGCAACUACCUCAGGAUGAUGAACAAGAUCCAACUACACAGCGAACUCCCCAGAAUGAUGAGCAAGAAGGUUAGACUACACAGCAACUACCUCAGGAUGAUGAACAAGAUCAAACUACACAACCAUCUCCCAAAGAUGAUGAGCAAGAAGAUCAGACUACACAGCUACCUCCCAGCGAUGAUGGUCACAUAAAAUCUUAUAUUAUUACACAAAGCUACUCUUCAGAAGACACUAAA